UCGCCUGAUGGGGGCUGCAUAACUCCACUGUGGAACCCAGAAGUCACGUGGGUGCACCCCGGAAGUGACAUACCCACAGGAAGCUCGGGAGGAGGCAAGAGGGAGAAGUCCCAUCUAGGGACACUGUCUACCCCUGAGCUCAGUGCAGGUUCCUGCAACCGCCGCUGGCGCCCCACUUGGGUUUCCCAUGAGCUCCUGCAGAGCACUGCACCCACGUUUGAAUCACGUCUGUUGAUUCAUUCCCAUACUUGCUGUUGGCAGCCUACCCAGACCCCCUGUGUAUCCUGGUGCCCCUACUUCUCUCUCCCUCACCCUACCUCUUGCAGGUCACUGUGGCAGGAAGUGCUGGUUCCCUACAACACUGCUUCCCUUUCGCUGUUGGUCACACACCUUGCAGACAGGGGAAGCUAUGAGGCAAUAGAUGAGAAGCAACACCCAGCCCGAGCCCCACUUGCUCCAAACCUCAACCUGCAGGCCGGAAGGGGGAAGUGAAACUAAGCUGGGGGUGGAGGCGCCAAGCCUGCCCGCCCGAGAAGCACCAGGAGGCCACCGCACGCGAACACACACACGCACACCCGGAUUCAAUCUUAGCACCCCCCCGGACGAGAGUGAGGCCCAUGGCGGAGGCGGCGAGUGACCCCGGUCCUGGGGAGCAGGAGGAGCUGCUGGUGGACGAGGCCACGGGGCUCACCACCCAGCGGAGCGUGGAGGACGAGGAGGAGGCAGCCAGGGAGCGACGCCGGCGCGAGCGGGACCGGCAGCUGCAGGCUGAGGACGAGGACCUCGGCCACCAGGCCCCGGAACCAGAGCAGGACAAGCUGCUCCACCUGAAACCCUCGGAAGCCCCUGAACUGGACGAGGAUGAGGGUUUUAGCGACUGGUCCCAGAAACCGGGGCCACAAGGGCAGCUCGCUGUGGAUGGCGGAGAGGCCCCUCAAGGAGACAGCCCACAGGAGCAGGAGCACGAGGAGAACCGGCCCCAAGGUCAUGAACAGGAGGACAGUGAUGGGCCAGGCCAAGCCGAAGUCCCCCUGGAAGGGCUGUGCCUGAGACCAGUGGUGGAGCCCCAGGAGGAGCCGGGUCUGGAGGAAACAGAGCCCCGUGACCUAGAGGAGCUGGCCCAGGACCCUCAGGGUCCAGCGGAGGCUGGGGAGGCAGAGGAGGAGCGCCUGCAAUGUCAGCAGCCCAGGACACCCAGCCCCUUGGCCUUGGAGGGGACUGCCGAACACAGCCCGCCUCCCCUGAGCCCCACCACCAAGCUCAUCGACAGAACCGAGUCCUUGAACCGCUCCAUAGAGAAGAGUAACAGUGUGAAGAAGUCCGAACCAGCCCAACCUAUCUCCAAGAUUGAUGAGCGCCUAGAGCAGUACACCCAGGCUGUCGAGACUGCUGGUCGGACCCCCAAGCUAGCCCGCCAGACCUCCAUAGAGCUGCCCAGCAUGGCCGUGGCCAAUACAAAGAGUCUGUGGGAGACAGGAGAAGUGCAGACCCAGUCCACAUCCAAGGGCCCCUCCUGCAAGGAUAUUGUCGCUGGAGACAUGAGCAAGAGAAGCCUCUGGGAGCAGAGAGGUGGCUCCAAGACCUCAUCAACAGUUAAGAGCACCCCGUCUGGGAAGCGGUACAAGUUUGUGGCCACUGGGCACGGGAAGUAUGAGAAGGUGCUCGUGGAUGAGGACGUGGCACCCUAGAUUGCCGGUCCCGCCUCCGUGACUCGGGGUGCAGCCAGCAUCACCCUCCACAUCCAGGGGAGACUCUAGCCAGAGCCCUCCUGGCCCCAGGAGGAAGCCACUUCUGAAGGCCUCCCCAGCCUCCCUGCACCCCUCUGACCCCCACCAUCAUUGCUGUCACCUCCUUUUGUUCCUGGACCCUUCAACUCUCUCCCUUCCACCCCUCACCCCAGCUGUGCUUCUCACCAAGGGAGGAGGAGAGGGAUGCUCUUAAUUGCUGGCACAGGGCGGGCAGCCCAGAGUGCCCGAGGAGGCAGAGGACUGAGGCCCUGCCCGAGCAGAACAAGGCUUGGCAGCCCGCCGGCC